CUACUUGUUUAUUGGAGAAAAUGAACCGUUAAAUAAGACCCACUAAUUACAUUAUCAAAAUAACAAAAAAUGAGAAAGAUCCUUUAAUAAAAUACUAGACAAGUAGUAUUAUUAUCGAUUUUAUUGUACCUUCCAAACAAACCCUGCAGCGAUUUGUUUUUAUCUCCGCCGUACCAUGUCGGAAGCACCACCGUCUCAGCCACCGCCUCCAACCGCCAACGCGUCACCACCGCCGUACUGGUGCUACCACUGCGAGAAGCGCGUCUCCAUCGAAACGCUCGCGAAUCUCCCCGACGUCGUCUGCGGUGAGUGCAAGAACGGCUUCGUGGAAUCCAUCCACACGCCGUCGCGCUCUCGCUCCCCCUCCGCCUCCUCCGACGACCCCUACUUCGGCUCGCAGUUCCUCCAGGUCCUUCGCCUAAUCGCUCAGUCGGCGCGUGACGACGACGCGUCGCCUCCGCCGCCGCCAAGCCGCUCUCCGGAGAACGAUUUCCUCAGGAUCGAGCUCGGUGGCUGGGACAACGAUGAGGAGAACGACAACGACAACAACGACGACGAGGAGUUCGAGGAACACGAGGAGGCGGAGGAUCGCUCCGGCAACGAGGAUCCGCACGGAAGAGACGACGAGGAUCUGAGAAGAAGGAGGCGCGAGCUGCUUCGGCUUCGGAUUAGGGAUUUGGCGACGCGCACGAGGAGCAUGCGGAACCGGAUCUUGGAUUGGGCCGAGAUUCUGAUGGGCCUUGAGGACAAUUCCAUCGAGUUCCGCCUCCAGCUGCCGGAAUCCGACCGCUACGUCGGGAAUCCCGAGGAUUACGUCGACGCGGCGGAGUACGAGGCGCUGCUGCAUACGCUUGCGGAAAGCGACGGCGGAGGUAGGAGAGGAGCGCCGCCGGCGUCGAAGGCGGCGGUGGAGGCGUUGCCGACGGUGAAGAUUGCGUCCGAAAGCGAAGCCGUGGCGUGCGCUAUAUGUAAGGAUUUGCUCGGUGUUGGAGACUUGGCGAAGAGGUUGCCGUGCGGGCAUGGGUAUCAUGGAGAUUGCAUUGUUCCUUGGUUGAGUUCUCGAAAUUCUUGCCCUGUUUGCAGGUAUGAGCUACCAACGGAUGAUAAGGAAUAUGAGGAAGAGAGAGUGGUUAACUCUGCUUCGAGUUCCGGUGGAGGUGGAAGUGCCAUUGUUUGAUUCCGCUUGGUAUGCUCCGUCUUGCUCUGUUCUCUUCUGCCAUUUGUGUAAUAUAUUUCGUGGUUUCUGAAUUUCUUCUUUUUUUGUUGUUGGCAUUAGUGGAUUUAAAUCAAAGCUUGCGCCAUGUUAUUAUUAAUUUAUUUGAAGCUUUUAUUAUGUAGUUGGCUUCUUAGCUUUCAGAUGAUGCUAAGAUACUUGUAUAUAGCAUUUGAAUCAAUGUGAAUGUGAUCAUAUCACACUACCUCAAUGGAAUUUUCACUUUCUCCCUGUUA